UGCACACUUUAGCUCUGUUGUUCCUUCGAAACUUGAUCUGUGGUCCUAAGUGCUGUAGUGAAAGUCAACAGCUAUAUAUAAUUUGUUGAUAAGGUCCAGAAAACAACGUAAGAAAGAUAAAAUAACGUAAAAGGUUAUAGAUGCGCAUAGUUUUUGUUAGUUAAGACGAAAUGUCAACUGAAGGGUAAGUCCUAAAUAUAUGUUGUUCUUCCUUCAGUUAAUUUUUUUCAAGGAAUAACCUUUUUUUAAUAACUGUUGUAUGUUGUCUCUAGUGCUUCAUGCUCAAGUGAAAUUUCAGUGGACGUAAGCGACGCGUUCCAACGCAUUAUGCUGAACAAGAGAUUCGGAAGCUGGAUUGAAUUAGAUAAUGCGCUAAAGGAUUUCCAUAAAAUGACCCAUACACACUAUGUUCACGCAGAAAGUAGAUUGUUGAAGGAUGUGAGAUAUAAAUACUUGUUCGUAGUGUUUCGUUGCACGUUUGGUCGUAAACGUAAAUCAGAAGGUCUGAAUGUGAAUAAAAAACCGUCUAAAUUUUUAAAUUGCCAAUCGAUGUUUCGCGUAAGAUUGGAGGGUCAACAAUACGUUAUAAAAUCUUACAACAUGACUCACAACCAUCCGUGUACUAGUUCGUGGAUGGUUUGUGAUCCGUUGAGUAGACGAUUGUCAUCAGAAGAAAAAGAAAACUUGAAACCAGUUAUAUUGCACUGUCAGUCGACGGACGAAGUUAUCGAAAGUAUUAAGGAAAGAACAGGUAAGCAGGUGACCGCUGCUGAUGUCAAAAAUAUGAAAGCUGAACUCUCCACUGGUAUUGCAGAUGAUGCGACAAAACGGUGAAGUUAGAGAACAUGCAGAAAAUGGAUCUAUUACAGCGAUAUGUUUCAGCAGUUAUGAUCAGAUACGGCUGUACAAUCAAUAUCCCGAAGUCGUGUGUAUUGAUUCUACUUAUAAAACUAAUAAUAAAAAGUGAAUAUGAUUUUCGUUUUGUUCUACUAUGUAGGUAUUCAUUAUUCCAGUUAGUGGUAACAGACAAUUGGGGCCGAGGUCGAACUGUUAUGUUUGCAUGGACAAAAAAAGAAAAGCGUGCUGAUAGGCCAGUACCUAUCACGUUACUGGAUGCCACGUAAAGCAAUGUGGGCGCGUGCCUUUUACAGCAGUGUAUUAACUUUGGGUAACAACACGAAUAAUCGUGUUGAGUCAUUAAAUAGGCAAAUAAAAAGAUAUGUACGCAAAAGCGACAGCUUGCACAAGUGCAUGUACAAGGCUUUUAAGUGGAGUUCAAUGACAUUCUCUAGAAAAAGCAUUGAAGACCAGAUAAUCAGUGGACGAACAUACAAUUAUGAUGCUCCACAACGUCUUGUACCCUUGCUGAACAUGUUGACCCCAUUCGCAAGGUCCAAAGUGUUAUACGAACUUAAAAAAAUGCGUUUCGUUCACUUAGAAUAUGAAAGCGGCGAGUGGUUGUUUAUGCUUGACCGCGGACAGCAUUACGAAGUAGAUGUAAGUAUUUGUGAAUGCAGUUGCAGCACGUUUAAUAUGUGUCGAUAUCCGUGCCGCCAUCUCCUGCUGGCAUAUAUUAAAAGACGAAAUCUAACAGGUAAGCUAUUUAAAUUAUAAAAUAUAAACUGCAUAGCUCAUCAACUUCUUAGGUGUUGCUGCAGAUGGAAAUUAGACAAUACGCACAAUUUACAAAACAGCACAGGAAUUUCAUUACGGAGACGGAGUAAAGAAUAUAUACAACUUCAACGGCUCCAAAGAAGGUGCAAACAACAAAUUGUUGAGAAAUAUGGUGAACGCUUCGCGAAUCAGGUGGAGAGAAAAGUCUACAAUUUUUACUUAAGAAUUAUAAACAGCUAGACAGCAGGUUUACGAUUAACAGUUCUUUGUGGCUUUAUUUUAUACCACUAUUUAUACAACUUGUAAACUUAUCAUGAAAAAUCAAUAAACUUUUUCUCAUUUUUU